UCUGUAAAACAAGAAGUUACUGUAGUAAGAGAAUUACGGAAAGUUUCUGGGUCUGUUAUUCAGAGUUUGCUUCUACUCAGUCUGCAUACUAGGAAGUGACGGCAUUUAUGAUAAACAGUGUGGUAGUUUAGUCCGUGGGGAAAGGUGCAGUUUCUGUUGUGGAAUCUGAACUGGGAUACAAAGUCCAUCCAACACGCAGGUCAAAAUGAAGAGUCUGGUUUGGUAUUGUGGGCUCAUCUUGGCAUUUCUUUUGAGCUGCACAGAGCAGGCUAAGGAGCAGCAGAAAGCAGUUUCUUCUCAAGGAACAGACUGCACACAGAUUAAGGCUCUCUCACCACAAGCAUCCAGUGGGGUUUACGUAAUCCAGCCUCCCGGAGUCAGCACCCCGUUUAAGGUGUACUGUGAGAUGCGGCCAGAUGGAGGCUGGGUGGUGUUUCAGAGGCGCAGUGGAGGAGCGGUUCACUUUAACAGAGAAUGGGCAGAAUAUAAAAAUGGUUUUGGUAACCUAUCACAGGACCACUGGCUCGGUCUGGAGAAGAUUUUCUCUCUGACCAACAACAAGACCAAGACCUGGAUCAUGAGGGUCGACCUGUGGACCCACGAAGGUGGCACUGCAUUCGCCGAGUACACAAACUUUAGACUUGCCGAUGAAAAAGCAGCUUUCAAACUGCGUGUCGGGAAUUACGGAGGAAAUGCAGGUGAUGCCAUCCGUGGUGCUUAUCCAGGCAUUGACCAGAAUGGCUACGGCUUCAGCACCAUCGACCGUGACAACGACGGCUGCUCUCCCUGCAUCUUCGGUGACAUUGCUGAAAAUGAAUGUUCCUCUUCAAACGGUGGCGGUUGGUGGUACAGUCGCUGUGGCUCUGCUAGUCUGAACAGCGACUGGCAUCCUGCCGGUGAACACAUCGGUUGGGCGUCAGGCAUCCACUGGCAAACCUGGAAAACUCAUGCGCCUUACUCCAUGAAGGCCACCAGAAUGAUGAUCAAGUCUGUCAUAACUUUUUAAAACAUGUAUUAUUUUACUUUGUUAUUUCUGGUGUAGUAGAUCAUCUUGCGGAAGAUUUUGAUUUAUUUAAUGAAUGAAAGUCCACAUGUAGUGCAUUCAUUUCAUUAUGAUACACCUGAGUAAAAAAUACAUAUUCAUUAAAUGGUUUUGUUUGCAGAA